AUGGAAGUGGGUGUCGAGUCCAUCUACAUUGCAUUAUCGACUCAGCCCGCGGAAUUCAAGAACAGCGGAGAUAGCGAAGCACUGCAAAAUAUACUGCCAUCCGUUACGGAAGACAAGAUGUUGAACCGGCGGGUCCACACCCGAAGACAGUUACAAGCAAACGAGGCGCUUUACGAGUCCAGUGCCGUUGGGCAGGCUGCAGAGUCACCCAAGCCAAAGAAAAGGGGCCGAAAACCCAAGAAGCAGCCAAAAGAGCAGAAGGUAGCGGGUCAACAGGAGGAGCUUGAUGAUGAUGAUCUCCCCAAGGAUCCCCGCCGGCGUCGGGUGCUCGAACGUAAUCGCAUUGCGGCGAAUAAGUGUCGUCUCCGCAAGCGUGAUGAAGCCUUAGCCCUCGCUUCUCGAAAAGAAGCUAUGGAGGACCAGAACCGCUAUCUCGUGACGUGUUUCGACUCUCUAACCGUCGAAGUUUACCACCUAAAGACCCAAUUACUGCGGCAUACAGAAUGCAAUUGUGUUCUCAUCCAGAACUACAUCGCGAGUAAGGCGCAGAAGUGUGUGGAUAGGCUAGUCGCUUGCUCUACUGCAUUCGAUACCUAUGGCAAUUCGCUAAGCCCCUGCGAUGGAAGCCCAAGUGGUGCUAGCACCGCCGAAGAGUUGAAUACGCAGAGUCUAAAUGGAGGUCGUUUCCUGUCAACCCCGAGAAUCUCUUCUCAGCAGGAAUCUGGCACCUCGGAGGUUACAGGCGUCAAGUUCGAUAUGAUGUGUUUAGGACCAUUUCAAACGGCUACUAUGCCCCCUGAUUCGAUGGUCUUUACUCAGCCAGUUCCACCGUUAUCCUUCAUUGAAUAUGGACCAGGGCUAUCCAUCUACGAGGGACUGCGAGAACACCAAACGGAUGAGGUUGCUUGGAACACAUAUCUGCAUUUUUGA